AUGGCGAAUGCAGCAGCCUCAAAGGACAUGCCAACCUCGACCCAAACCGAGGAAAAACCCCUCCCCAAACUCACCGCUGCGCAAUUCAGAACCUACAACCACAUGGCCGAGCAUAUGGAGUACUUCCACAACAACUUCCGCCAGACCUGGAACGUCAUGUACAAAGCCUGCGAGACCAACAAGCGACCUGCCGGAACGUCGAUCCGCCAGUUCCUCGCCAUGGCCGAGCAGUUCUGUCACCAUCUCACCAUGCACCACACCAUCGAAGAACAGCAUAUCUUUCCCGUUCUAGCGAAGAAGAUGCCUGCAUUCCGGGAGGAACUGGAGUUACUUACGCAACAUAAGGGGAUUCACGACGGCUUGGAGAAAUUAGAGGAGUACAUCGCUGACUGUCGGAGUGGGGAGAAGGAGCUCCAGCUGAAAGAAAUCAAACGGAUCAUGGAUGGGUUCGGGAAGGUUUUAUGGUCGCAUCUAGACGAUGAGGUUAAGCAGCUGGGAGCGGAGAACAUGAGGAAGUACUGGACGGAGGCGGAGAUGAAGAGGAUGCCCAUGUGA